AUGACUACUUUAUACGUUAACGAAAAAACGGGGGUUGAUAGCUCCGAAGUUAAAGGAACUGAGCAGGAGCCAUUUGCAACUGCAGCUUAUGCAUUGUAUACUAGUGCCAACGACGAUAGCGUCAAAAUAUUGGUUUACAAAGAGUCUGACGAGGAAAAGAAGUCCGACGUUGAAUUGGCGUCUCUGAAGGACAAGCCCGAGGUUGAAUAUGUUGAAAUCUCGGCGUCUGCUUUAAAGAAAGCCAAGAAAGGUGCAGAUGGUUUGAAAAAGAAAGCCGAGAAACAAGCUGCUGCUGCUGCUAAGUUGAAAGAAGAGAGUCUAAACUUGCCAAAAGUAGCAGAAUUAGACUUGAGCUCCAUUGAGGAGGAUAAGUCCUUACCAAAAGCGAAAAAAAUCAAAUUGGCCAGCUUACAAGAAAACAUUGGUAUUCGGGUUUUGGUUCGCGGUUGGGUUCACCGUUUGAGAGUUCAAAAGGGAUUAGCGUUUAUCACUUUGAGAGACGGAACCGGGUUUUUGCAAUGUGUUCUCACUGGAGAUUUGGCCAAGGCCAAACAGACACAAGAGUUGACCAUUGAAUCCACGGUUGCUAUAAAGGGGGUUAUUUCCAAACUACCCGAAGGUAAAACUGCCCCAGGUGGAGUUGAGUUAAAGGCCGAUUUUUACGAAAUCUUGGGACUUGCACCAGGAGGCGAGGAUGCUUUUACCAACAAAAUUCAAGAGAAUGCUGAUCCUUCGUUGUUGUUAGACCAACGUCACUUAACCUUGAGAGGCGAAAGCAUUUCCGCCGUAAUGAAAGUUAGAGCUUCUUUCUUGGCGGCAAUAAGAAGAGUUUACAAAGAAGAAGGACUUUUGGAAGUCACUCCUCCAUGUAUGGUGCAAACACAAGUUGAAGGUGGAUCAACUUUAUUCAAAAUGGAUUACUAUGGAGAAGAAGCGUUCUUAACUCAAUCGUCUCAAUUGUAUUUGGAGACCUGUUUGCCAGCUCUUGGUGAUGUUUAUUGUGUUCAGGAAUCAUUCAGAGCUGAGAAAUCGCACACUCGAAGACAUUUGAGCGAGUACACUCAUAUUGAAGCAGAACUUGCUUUCCUCACGUUUGAUGAGUUAUUAGAACAUAUAGAGACUUUGAUUGUUAAAAGUGUUCAGUAUGUGUUGGAAGAUCCUGUAGCUGGAAAAUUAAUCGAGCAAUUGAACCCAGGUUUCAAGGCACCACAGUUACCGUUCAAGAGAAUGGAAUACAUAGAAGCUUUGCAAUGGUUGAACGAUAGAAACAUUUUGAACGACGAAGGUAAGCCAUUUAGUUUUGGUGAUGAUAUUGCAGAAGCUCAAGAAAGGAAAAUGGUUGAUACCAUUAACCAGCCAAUUUUGUUAACUAGAUUCCCCGUGGAAAUCAAAUCUUUCUAUAUGCAAAAAUGCAAAGACGAUCCAAGAGUCACUGAGUCGGUUGAUGUUCUAAUGCCCAAUGUUGGUGAAAUCACUGGUGGUAGUAUGAGAUCCUACAAUUACGAUGACUUGGUGGCAGGAUUUAAGAGAGAAAAUAUCGAUCCUGCGCCAUACUAUUGGUUCUUGGACCAACGUCGUUACGGUACCUGUGAGCACGGUGGAUACGGUCUUGGUACUGAGAGAAUUUUAGCAUGGCUCUGCGAUAGAUUUACAGUGAGAGAUUGUUCAUUGUACCCUAGAUUCACCGGUAGAUGCAAACCAUAA